GCGCAGGCGUAGUUAUGUUUAUUUGGUAUACAGAUAUCCGGAAGCUCCACUCCGAAAUUGACCGAUCGGGAUAGUACUUGGUAAAGUUUAUUGUCUUUUCUGUUUUUCUUGUUCAACGACAGUACAGCUGGUGUGUAAAAGAGUUUUGAUUGUGUAGCCAAAUAUGCAUCUCAUGUUGGUUUUGCUCAAACUGAAUAACGACUUAAACCGUUAAAGGAAAAGCUGGCUAAUCAGCUAGCUUAGCGGGUUGGCAGCUAGCUGAUCUAACGUUAGCAUAUGGGCCCCUCCAUUCAGAGGAAAAGCUCCACUCCAGACUCUUUCAUGGCAAAUAUUCUCACAGACACUGUCUAAUGUGUUUCUAACACUGAGGUGAUAAAGUGUGAAUGUUUGUGUUGGGUUGGUUUUGUUCUGGUAGAAACAGAGAUUCAGGAUAAUCUGCUCACAGCGACGAAAGAUUAAGAUGUUAGAGAGACAAACAGGUUUUAUUAACAGGAUUUAUGAAACCAGAGUUUAAUUUUACAGUUUUAAUAAUGAUAUAAUAGCUGUGUGAUGUUUUAUCACAUCUGUCCUGCUGCUUAUUUUCUCUACAGAAGCAGAAAAUCAGGACAGAGACUCAAAAACUGACAGAAACUUUGACUGUUUUCACACUAAUUCAGAAAAGAAGAUCUUAAACCUGCAGGAUUAAAGUUUUACGUCAUGAAAAAAGGGAAAUUGGUUCAACAUGAAGCUGUAAGUGAAGCUGUGGCAGAGCAGUUCCGUUUUCCCCACAAACAAACCCAACACAGACUGAUGAAAAAGAUGAUCGGACCUAAAUAAACAUGAAUGUUUCCUCAGUCAUCAGGACUAAAUCAAAUCUCUGUUUCUAUAGUUGGUAAAGUGGGUUUUAAUUUUGCUGUCUUUUUUGACUCUUGCUUUGGUGUGUUAGAGUCAGGACAUGAGCUGUGAUUGUUCAUAUGGCAGAGCCCCAUCUGGUGGGUGGACAUUAUUGUUGCAGCUCUUUAGUUUGUACACUCAUCAUUAAAAUAAUCAUUCAGGAGAUGAAAUAAGUCAGGGCUGACACCUCUAUUCAUACAUAGUAACCUAAAAUUAAACCUUACAGUUCAGCUGUUUUAAUAAAUAGCUCGAUAGACUUUCCAUCGAGGUUUGACUGCAAGAUUUUUACAGGCCAUUAUGAAGAAAAAUGCUUAUACCAAUCUGUUUAAUAUAUAAGAUAUUCUCAUGUGUGGUGUAGGGCUGGGCGAUAAAACGAUAACGAUAUCAAAAAUUAAUUUCCCUCGAUGUUGAUAUAAAACAUUGUCAGUAUGCUUUUUGAUAGUCGGCAUUCUGCCAUGUUUUGGUAGAUUAUAUUAAUAGCCAAUGAAAGGAGGAGUUGCUCCGGGUUCGCUUCACGCUGAACCAAUCAUGUGCUGAAUUAGAACAAAGUAGCAAACAACUGCGUAGUAGCAGGCUGCAGCUACACGCAACCAUAGAACUUUAACACGUGAAGCUGACAGCACUGUCUGAGAAAAAAAGUAAAUGAGUGCUACCCCCCGCAGAAAUGAAGAUGAAGGCUCAACAGAUGAUGAUAUCGUCAACAACACUGGCACAAAAACGUCGGAGGUGUGGAGAUUUUUUGUUUUUUUGAGGUCAGACAGGAAGCAGAGUAAUGUGCACUGCAAAUUAUGUCGAGUACAUGUUAAAUUUCACUUAAGAGUAAAGGUCCUUACACACCGGGGCCGACGCGAAUAUAGAACACAUAUUACGAAAAAUUCAGAGGCCAAUUUUGACGGCCUGAUUAUACACAUCAAGCCUGAUGAAAUUUUGCGACCUUCUGGGGGAAAAAAAGACGGGGUGGAAGUGAGAAGACUUACACAACAGCAGACUGAGUGUUUUUCAGUUCUGAUUAGACACUAGUGUUGAGAUGUCUGUCUGUCAUGAUAGCAUGUACUGAGUCAGGGUCAGUACCAGAUAAGCACAUUCAACUAUAAUCCAUAAACGUAAGGUAACAACUGAGACCCAAUGGUGCUGUGACAACAACGCUGUGAUUGAGUUUAAGACAGUGAAGAUACAUAUGGUAUGUUAUAUCUGAACAGGUUAGCUUACGAGCUAAAGUUACUUAGCACAGAUGAAAGUUAAAACAAAGACAUUUAGCAAACUGUUAAAGCACACAAACCAUCGUCAUAUGAGAGAUCCGACACUAUGACUCUCCACAAGUUGUCCUUCAGGUCGUUAUCUUUGUAAUAUUUGUGUCUUUUAUCAAAAAGCACUCUGUUCUCCGACACACAGUAUGUGAAACUUUAGAAAAAUCGACUGUGAUACGAAAAAAAUAAAUGCCCCAAUAUCGCAGGACGGGAAAACGUCGCUGAUGUGAACGCUUGUAUUGACAGGAUACGGGUUCGAAGAAAAAUAUUGUCGUCCAAAAAAAUCGCACAAAAAAAAACAGUCCCUGAGUGAAAGGACCUUAACGGGGAACAUUUAAGAUUGACAAGUGAUUUUAUCUUGAUACAUCGAUAUCAACUGAUAUGAAAAAAAUUUAUGGUGAUAAACUUUUCCCGUAUCACCCAGCCCUAGGAUGGUGCUACAGCAUACACAGAAAUCAUUAUUUCGGAAAUAAUACACAAACUUUUGAAAACCUCUUGUCAUAUAAAUAUGAGUCGGAUAGAUAUGAGAUGAUCAAUUGCCGCCCUCUGUUACAUGUUCCCUGUGCAGGUGUGAUGGAGAGGUGAUGUGUCAUUCAGAGGAGUGAGAAGGCCACAGCAGCCAUGACUGAGUGCUUCCUGCCCCCCAGCAGCAGCCCUGCAGAGCAGCGCAGGGCUGAGCACCCAGGGGGCGUGGCCCGCACCCCGAGCUCUGAGGAGAUCAGUCCCACCAAAUUCCCCGGCUUGUACCGCACCGGGGAACCGUCGCCGCCUCAUGAUGGCCAUCACCACGAGCCCCCGGACGCCUACGUGUCGGAUGAUGAUAAAGAGCACAGCAAGAAGAAGAACAAGUUCAAGAAGAAGGAGAAAAGGAGUAAGUCAGUUUGAUAUUGAUUAUUUGUGCUGCUCUAUUGAUAUGAACGGUUUUCAGUGACGGUUGGGGAUUGCAGUUUGACAAAAAUUUCUUUGUCACAUUUUUUUCUUUCACUGUUCAAAGAAAACCAGCAAAUUUUUUGUGAUCAUCCACAUGCAAUGAUUUUUUUGUGACUCUAAUAUAAGAAAUGAUUGUGUGUAGGUAUGAAACCAUGUUAACCAGGGAUGCACAAAUUUCGAUUUUUGCUGAUAUCUGAUACACUAAUAUCUCCAAACUCAUUUUGGCUGAUACUGACAUGGACAUAUACACAUUUUUUAUAAUUGUGUCAGAGUAUUUGUUCUAAAAAUAGACAAAACAAGGCAAACUAAAUUUGAUUCUGUCACAAAUGUGUCUUCUUUUUCUAGCACACACAGUUUGUGACUCAAAACAGACACAUCAAUUUCUGUGGUUUUUAUGCUGUCAGUCCACUGGGCAGUUUGGCUCAUCAUGCUGACAGGACUUGUCCAUAUGUCAGUGGUGGAGCUAAUAUAAGGAGCUUUCUUUUAAUAAUCAGAUUUUAUUUCAUUUUCAGGAUUUACAUAGAACCAUACAUCAUUAAGCGGUGGUCUGAUCUGGGGAACAAUAAUUGAUAAACAGAAUUCAAAUAAAGUAGAGAAUGACAAGAGAAGGAUAAAACAAGGAAAAAAUAAAAGGAAAACAAAACAAAAAGAAGGGUAAACAAAGAAAAACCCCAACAACAACAACAACAACAACACAACAAUGUGUCAUCAAUUAAAGAAAAUACGUGUCCUUGUAUUUAUCAAAAAGUAUUUUUUAUCACCAGUCAGCUCAGUCCGGGACCUCCUAAACCACAGUUCCCUCCAUAAGGAGCAUUUUUGUUCUUUUCUAGAAACUCUGUGUGCUUUCGAGAUGCACAAUCAAACUGAUCGUGUAAAGGCAUUACACUAUUACAAGCGCAACAAAAAAGUAUUUUGUUGUCUGUUUCCAUGAUUACUUCAACUAUUUCCUGCCAGCAUUGAUAUUAUGCAGAUAAUAUUGUGCAUCCAAUUUGAAUUUCCCUCUGGGAUUAAUAAAGUAUCUAUCUAUCUAUCUCUCUCUAUCUCCCCUGUUACACUGUAAUUAACUUCAGUGGCACCUUGAUUAUUAAUUUAAUAUUGUUAAAAUACAAUUUUUGAAGCUAUAUAUGUAAACAGACUUCUCGAUCAGUACUGAGCAGGAAUACUGCAUCUGAAGACGGUGUUUUCACAGAGGAGCUGGUAAACUGCUCUUAAACUCAGUCAGUGAAAUUUUUUAUAUAUUUUGAGAUAACUCUUUCAGAGUUCCUUCAGGGCUUCAGUGCCAAGAAGACCAUUUUCAUGGGUUUUUGUCAACAAUCAGGAAACAUCCUUAGCCUUAAACAUCUCACAGCUGCCAAGAACAUUAAAGAAAUCCACCUCAGGCCACAAAGCUUUAUCUUGAUAGCAUUUCUGGGCUGAAUACUGUCAUCAUGUUGCUGAACUAAGAGCUAUAAAUGGAGUAAAGAGAGAGGUAGAGCUUUAUACUUUUCUGUCUGGUUGGCUGUUGCUGCCUGCAGCAGUGAGAAAUGUUUCUGUACUGAGAGCAUUUGUCACUGAGCGGUUGUCAGACUCAUUGUCCACUUUGUAUCAGCUUUUUCCAUGUCUGUAUUUAGCUCUUACACCGGGGUAUAGUGGGAGAGAGAGGAAGAGAUGGACAGUUUGAGAGCACACACCCAGAGAGCUCUGUGAAGGUGUGUCUCUGUGUCAGCAGUCUGUUAUACACAGGGAAGCCCAGAGUAAGGAUAAUGAGAGGAGACAAAAACUGUGAAGAGGCCACUUAAGUGACUUUGUGACCAUGUUGUAGCUGUUUGCGCUGAGGAGGGAUACCUUAAUUGAGGCUCUUCUCGAGAGGAGAUGCGUAAGGUGCAGUGGGAGCUUUGCUAAAUCGGUGACUGACCUCUUUUCUGAGUCCCCGUUCUCCCCCUCCUUUACUGUCUUCACUCUCUCACACGUCUCUCUUCCUGUUUCUUUUUCUCCGCUAUUAUGAUUCUGUCGUGGGAGGAGGAGGAGGAUAAGAAAACAGGGGUGUUUCUCUCCCCAGAUAUAACCCUAUUUCUGCCUGAUCCUCCUCUUUCUGUACCUUCACAGCGGAGGGUUACGCAGCCUUCCAGGAGGACAGUUCAGCAGACGAAGCAGAGAGCCCGUCCAAGAUGAAGCGCUCCAAGGGGAUCCACGUGUUCAAGAAGCCCAGCUUCUCCAAGAAGAAAGAGAAGGACUUCAAAGUGAAGGAGAAGGGCCCCAAGGAGGAAAAGGCAAAAGAUAAGAAAUCGAAGGAUCUGACGGCUGCAGACGUGGUCAAACAGUGGAAGGAGAAGAAGAAGAAGAAGAAACCCACGACAGAAGCAGAGCCGGUCCCAGUGGAGAUCCCCACCUUCAGGCCAAUCUUUGGAGCACCUCUGGGUGAAGCAGUCAAAAGGACAGCUCUGUAUGAUGGGAUCCAGCUGCCGGCCAUCUUCAGAGAAUGUGUGGACUACAUUGAAAAUUAUGGCAUGAAGUGUGAAGGCAUCUACCGGGUCUCAGGUAAGAAACUGAAGCAUAACUUUAACUAAAUAGAAUCCCAGCAGCUCUUAUUUUUGCCUCCUCUUCGUGUGCUGAAUGAGAAACUUCUUCCUCUCAGGUAUGAAGUCAAAGGUGGAUGAAUUAAAAGCAGCGUAUGACCGCGAGGAGUGCCCCUGCCUGGAAGAGUACGACCCACACACUGUUGCCAGCCUGCUGAAGCAGUACCUCAGGGAGCUACCGGAGAACCUGCUGGGCCGGGAUCUGGCCCAGCGCUUCGAGGACGCCUGUGGCCGGCAGGUGGAGGCAGAGAAGGUGACGGAGUUCCAGAGGCUGCUGGCUGAGGUACCAGGGGAGAGCCGACUUAUCCUCUCCUGGCUCAUCACGCACAUGGACCACGUCAUCGAGAGGGAGGCGGAAACCAAAAUGAAUAUUCAGAACAUCUCCAUCGUCCUCAAUCCAACCAUACAGGUCAGAGAGGAAGAAAUGGAUGCAAUAAAUCUAGAUUAACAAGGAAAAAUAACACAGGAGGGAACCUGGAAUUAGAUUAUGUGAAGAAGAAGUAAAAACAUUGUAGAAAGCAGCAAUUAGACGGCAGAGGAAAACUAAAAAUCAAAGAGAAUAAUAGCUCAGGCUCAAGUGAACCUCAAAGAUAAGAAACAUCCCUCAGCAACAAACCAACCGGGCUCUUAUUGGAUCAAACAGUCAGUUCAUCUCUGAAACCCUGGCCCAGUUUAGUGGAUCUAAUUUGCUCCCAAAGGGGGCGUCCGUGGCUGCUCCAUUUUUUCUGGAGCAGCAGCAGCAAUAGCCACAACACCGUUAAACAAACACUUCUUUUAAUUAACGAGGGGAGCCACAGGUCAGUUUAAUCAGGCUGAGUAAACACGCUGGAAUUUGUUUUGAGGAAAAAAAGAGGAUUCAGAUUUAUUCGACAUAAUGCAGACAGUUUGUGCAGAGCCCUGCAGCUGCAGGCUUUAUGUUUAAUGAUUUAUUUCCACUUGUGUUUAGAUUGGGAACCGUGUCCUCUACAUGUUCUUCACACACGUGAAGGAGCUGUUCGGAGACGUAGUCCUGAAGCCGGUGGUGAGGCCACUCCGCUGGUCCAACAUGGCAACGAUGCCAGCACUACCCGAGACUGCUGAGAGCAUCAAAGAGGAGAUCAGACGACAGGUAGGUUCAGUCCUACUGCAGGCAGUUUUUCUAAUAUAGUCAAUGAAGCUUUAUGUAUAGAAAUUCAGGGUCUGGUUGGUUGUUUUCACUCCAGUGUUGAUAAACUUUCUGUCACUUUGAUCAAAAAUAACAAAACAUGAGGUUAUGUUGUAGAUAAAAAAAAACUGGUGAUGAAGCAGAAGUCUAUCAGAUCAAGCUCUCCAAGAUGAUGCAACAUCGUUUCAUGAGUCAGGCACAGCAGUAACAUCUCCUCUGUUACUCAGUUAUUUUGUCACAGUGAGCCACAAGUUCCCGUCAGUUAUUUUGAUGCAAAAUGUAAAAAUCAGUAAAGACUCUGAGAUUACAGCAGAACUCUUAAACCUUUAAUUUAGCAUGUAUCUGAGCCAAAGUGAUGUAUCAUCUACUUCUUGUGAGAGACAGUAGAAAUAAAAUCAGAUGUUUUGCUAUUAAUUAUCCAUGUAUAUUCUUCCAGGAUGAAUAAAUCUUUGUGAUCAUUAUUUCUUGAUCAUGGUUUUCACUGAUGGUAGUUUGAAAUGUUUGAGACUGGUGCGCUCAUUCUGUGCAGUGGCAACUACAUCCUGACAUAAAACUAAAUGUGUUUGUGUGUUAGGAGUUCCUGCUGAACUGCCUGCACAGGGACCUGCAGGCGGGGGUGAAAGACUUAUCCAAAGAGGAGCGACUCUGGGAGGUUCAGAGGAUCCUGACAGCUCUAAAACGCAAACUGAGGGAGGCCAAACGCCAGGUAAUCCUGCUCGUCUUCAGGUCUGCACUUGUUUUCCAUUUCUGUUCUGGUUUAUAUCAAAUCUUUGUGAUAAGAAUGAUGAACACUUGGUCUUAAACUGCAAACCAGCGCAAAACAAAGCAGCCACGAUCUCCAUAACAUCCACUUGCUGAACUUAACACCCCUCUGUUGUUGUCCGAGCUAAGAUUGACAUUAUACUGUCACCCUUCCGCCUUUUAGGAGUGUGAGAGUAAGAUAGCCCAGGAGAUAGCCAGCCUCUCAAAGGAAGAUGUUUCGAAGGAGGAAAUGACAGAGAAUGAAGAGGAAGUCAUCAACCUCCUUUUAGCACAAGUGAGUCAUUCAAACACACAGAAGGAUUGAGUUGAUAUAGACUGGGCUAAACCAAACAGCACCACCUGGAUGAUACUUUUGCCAGUCUGAGGUUGUUUGUUUUUCUCAAUAAUCAGGAAAACGAGAUCCUAACAGAGCAGGAGGAGCUGAUCUCUCUUGAGCAAGUGCUGCGCAGACAGAUUGCAACUGAGAAGGAAGAAAUUGAGAGACUGCGAGGAGAGAUUGCAGACAUACAGAGGUAGGGGAGGACUGAACAUGUUUCAGAAGAUACAAUAAAGUACUGUAUACAUAUACACGCACCACUGUAACCCAGCAUUGUGUUUGUCAGUCGGCAGCAGGGUCGCAGCGAGACGGAGGAAUAUUCCUCAGACAGCGAAAGUGAGAGCGAAGACGAGGAAGAGCUGCAGAUGAUCCUGGAAGACCUGCAGAAGCAAAAUGAGGAGUUGGAGGUGAGGAGGGAUUCGAGACCUUUAUCUUCUUCAAUUACCGUCUGGUUGCAAUGAAUUUCAGGACUCCUUCAGCUCACAAAGAGAUGCGUGAAGUCAACACCUCCCUCAUUUGCAUGUGUGCUGUAAUGAUAAAAAAGCAAUUAUGUAGACAUGUUACAGACGGGUAAGAGCAGAAUUUCAAACAGGCAGUGAGCCGAGUUAUUCAGUGUAUUCUUUGAUGGUUAUAAAAACAAGUAGAAAGGAAGUAAAAGGAGUAAAUGUUUCUUUAUUAAUACUUAAAUAGGAAUAGAAUAUACGCAGACAAACUAGAAUCUGUUUAAUAAGGUUUAUUAUUAUUUGUAAACAAUAAAAACUAAUAAUUUUGUUUGCGAGUACUGCCAAAGAUAAGCCGUGGUUUUCCUGAAGCCCUAUCUGCAUUUCAUUUUCCGCUAGAACAAAAACACCCACCUGAACCAGGCCAUCCAUGAGGAGCAGGAAGCCAUCUUAGAGCUCCGCGUCCAGCUUCGCCUCCUGCAGAGUCACAAAAUGCAGCAAGAACUGACCGUCCAGCCACAGGCCGAGCAGGCCCCGCCCACACAGCCGAGCCCGGAGCCCCGCAGCGAGGAGCAAACCAAGCGCUCUGUCACCGCUGCAGCUGCGAGUGCAGACACUGCAGCUGCUUCAGCUUCUGCCAACGGCAAGGCAGCUAAGGAUCCUUCGAAGCCGUCGCCGAGCAAAGACAGGAGGGACACCAACAUGUGAGAAGUCCUCUCUCAGUGACGUGUUCGGCGGCUCCGGGCUGCUGUACGUCUCUGCCGCUGGCCAGUUGUCCUGUAGCAUCACUUAUUAUCGACUGGAGGUUUCACUUUGCUGGAGUUCAUUUUGGCAGUCUUGGAAAAAAAUCUGUUAUGCAGUUUCUUUUUGCAUUAAAUAUUUUGUUUUUAUCUGCUCAUGCAAAAACAAAAUGUCCAAAGUAGAGUAGCUGCUGUAGUGGACAACUGGCUACUGCUGAAAGAGACCAAGGGGACCAUGUUUUCAAAUCUACAGUGCCAAGCCUGUACAACAAAAGAAGAAGGAGGAAGGGGGUGAAACAAGAAAUGAAGGGACUUUGAAAGCAAGUUAGGAGAUGGAAGAAGGAAUAGGAGGAAGGCGCCUCACCAGUGCAUGAGUUUAUUUUUCACUGGGGAAGGCUGGAGAAGAAAGGCCAGAUUAAAUCUCAGUCCAUAUAUCUUCUUAUGUCCCCUACCUUGAUGCAUAUCUGACAUGUUAGGAUAGAGACCACUGUGCCAUAACUGAAGAUGCCAGACUGGACGUGUUUCCCUGAGACAACCACUAACACAAGAAGCUCUUUGAAUGAUGAAGAAUUUAUGAUUGGUCUAUCUAUAUAUUAUAUAUUUAAGUAGUAUUCUGAAGAAUACUGAGACUAUCUAGAAAUCCAUUGAUUUUUAAUCACAGCUUUUUAGUAAUAUAUGAAUAUAUGUAUAAAUAUAUUGUAGAUGCUUUCUUUUCUUUGAACAACAGAUGCACGUAAACACAAAGGCGUCUUCCCCUGAUAACUGAUCCCUGGAUGAAAGACAAAAUACAUAACUAAAGAUAUUUUAAUCACUGUGUAAUGUAGAAAAACAUCCUGGAGACAGCGUUGUUACAGCCACUUUAUGAAACCACACUUUGCUCUGAAGUGCAAUCAUCUUCUCUGUUACUCAGCACAAACAAACGAACAAUGUGUUCCUCCAGUAAACGAACCUAUAGUGGUGAUUACUGUCUCCAGAGUGUCUGAAGAUACAUGCAAAAGUCUUGAUGAGCUUUGUUGUGCAUUUGGGCGUGUGUGUGCGUUUUGUUUUUGUUUGUUUUUUAACUCUUGAUGUGUGGCGUUUUAGCUCGUGGCAUCAGUUAGAAGUGAGUUAAAAGUCAAUCAUUUCAUUUCACGGCUGAUCCAUGACUGUUGCAAAGUGCUGUCAUACAUCAGUGAUAUCUAAAGCAGAGGCAUGGCCUGACUCACUCACACUGUUUCUGUACAUUAUUGUAAAAUCUCAAACAUACUGUAUUUUCAGCUCUUACAUUUGUUUUCAUAUGUUUCUUUUUUUAUUGUUAUUAAUGACCUGUAUGGAGUAUGCUAGUGUGACUGCCCCUGCUUUGUCACGGGCAAAUCAAAGCAAUCUCAUGUGGACUUAUGAUUCAGUAUGAUAUUAAUCCUGUGACUGGGACAGAUAAAUGUUAGAUUGGGCUCAGAAGCUUCUCAUGAGGUUAUUUUCAUAUGGUUCCAAGCUUUUGUAGCUUAUUGUUGCAGACAGAAUAAUGCUGUGAAGAAUAAAGUGUCGAUCCAAAAAGUAA